AUGUCAUACGAAUUCUACGAACCAUUCAGUUUGGUCACUGAAUACUACGUAGCUCAAGAUCACACGCUUUCUAUCUGGAUUCUUCAGGAAAUUGUAAAACAUUGGCCACUAACCGAUACAAACAAGGAAUGUUCCUUCAUUAAUAUAUUCACCUUUAUCGCGCCUUACCUCAAAUCCGAUAUAAUGUUAGAUUGUGGAAAAAUCAUCUUUAGUAUACUCAAUAAAGCUUUGAAUUCAUCAAAUUUCAAAGUUAAUGCAGCUGCACUUUCAGUUAUAACCAAUAGAAACUUCAUGGUUUCGUUUGUAAGCCAAGGAGAAAUAUUAUAUCCAAUGAUAAUGCAAGGAAUUGAUAAAUGCUCUUACCAUUGGAAUCCCAAUAUUCAAAAAACAGCAAUCGACGCUGCAAGAGUUGUUGUUUCGAUUAAUCCUGAAAUAGGAGCUAAUUUCCAACGAUAUCAGCCAAAUAAUCCUGAUGAUUCAUCAUAUAUGAAGGAAGGAUGGAUGGUUAUAUUGAAUCAGGCUCAUAUCAAUGAUAAAUCUAUUAACAUCGAAAAAAUCAAAGAUGUUGUUUUGCGGUUAAGCUGA